AUGGCCAGUGGUUGGAGUCUCUUCGUCGGUCUCAUCAUUAUUGUGGCUGCCUCCCUAGCAGCAUGGUUCUUCAGCCCGAAGGGCGAAAACCAGACUGUUUGGCGCAGCACACUCAUCCUCUCCUUCGUCUCCUGUUAUCUGAUGUGGGCAAUCGUCUUCCUCGCCCAAUUGCACCCCCUCAUCGCACCCAAACGGGCCGAUAUUCGGCCUGGCCGGGUACCGGAAUAG